CUAGAUUGAUACUAGACUCGGUAUCAUUACGACGAAUACGGCAAUAGAAACGAUGAACUUGCAUGAUACUUGAAGGGAAUAUACAAUUAGCUUUAUCUUGGCUGCAGUAGCCCUUUCAUUUGAUACCUGUCGUUUUCUGUACUCAACACCAAUUUACCAGACAAAGAAGACUGUGGGGAGACAUUCACCCCCCUCAAAGGUUGUCUUUAAACCUUUCUGUUCUUUUUUUUAAAGAACCUUGUUGGUUUGAUAUUUUUGGCAGUAGUGGACUGAUAUACCGAACAGCAAAGUGGAUUUAACGGGACCGUCGCCGCUGUCCACCUUAUCUCCAAGAUGCUAAUGGUGUCUCCGCGGUUACCAGUCGACACACCUCGCAUGGAGCCCGUACUGUCUGGAUCACUGAAGAGGAGGCUGACUGCGACCGAGGGGGCCUACCAGGGAGGUUUACGGCAGGGCCAAGGGCCCGGUAACGGCCCAGGUCUUGGUCUGAACGGUACCUCCUACGGUACCUCCAUGACCCAGGGUCCUGGGGUGCCCGCCAAGCGACUCUGCCUGGAGGAUGUGACCCUCGCCAUGGGUAGCAGCUUCCAGCAGAGUCCUUACUCUAGAGGACAGAGUUCUGGAGGUCAUGGGGGUCCUGGAAGUCAGGGAUCACUGGAAGGUAACAGGCUGGGGAACGGUAACCCCGGGCUGGGGUCGCCUUACUCAAUGCCCCCUAAGGCGAGUCCAGGGUCUGCGGGUGUUGGUGGAGGACAUUUUCACCCCAAUGGAAGCUCCUCGUCGGCCCCAUCGGUUGAGCAGGAGCUGCAAGAUAUUCUGGAUGAACUGACUAAGAACCCGGAUCCGUCGUUGACGGAGUUGGAUCUUGACAAGAUACUGGGGAAUAAAGAGGAUCAGAAUCAAGGGCAUGGGCCGGGGUAUAUCCACCCACACUCGCCCAAACGCUCCCCCCAGAGACCCACCUCUCACCUGGAGAGCCACCUCACCCGUUCCCCAGGCUUUCCCCAGGCCGGGUCUCCCCAAGUAGGCCCGAGUCCGGCUGGAGCUCCCUACUCCAUCCCCCACCCCUCCAAACCAGUCCCCUCACCCCUAUCGGCCUCUCCUCAUCACUCCUCUUCAUCCCAGAAUCAAGCUCGUUCUCCAAUGCUCUCAGCCGCCCUUUCGUCUCGACCCGGUUCCACGUGGCACGAAGUAUCGCGAGCCCAACAGCUCCAGCAAAUGGCGUCCAACUCCAACAAACACCUUUCUUCUAACACCCCUAUCCAGCAGAACCAGUCCCAGAACCAGACCCAGGCCUCUAUCCCUCCUCUAUCCCAGCAAGGCUCACCCUGGGGCGGCCAGAAACUGUCCAACCUCCCCAACUCCUCCCCACUCCACCAGCAACCAUUCAGCCCGGCUGGAAGCAUCCAGAGCCCCCAGGGAUCGCUGAGUCUCCCAUCCGCUGGUCCUUCACCACCCUACCACCCAGAGAAGCUAGGCAGUCCGGCUAUCGCCCAACCCCCCUUCAGCCCACAGAGUACCCUCCUACCUGGAGGAACGACCACCACAUCCAGCACUUCAUCCAACAUCCAGGGGUCCCAGGCCAACUACAUGCCCAGCGGAGUUGCACCGACAUCGGGCGCUACAAGGCCCUCGCCCCCCUACAGGACGGACAAGCCCCAUGUUAGUCCGUUGCUUCAACCCCAGCCUCAACCUCAACCCCAGAACCAACCCCAAACCCAACAUCCACAUCCAUACAGCACCCAGAACGGGUCAGGACCAAACAACAAUAUGUCUAGCCAGCUCUACAAAGCCAUGACUGCAGGUCAACCCUGCAGCCUCAAGCUACUAAUGCAACAACAACAACAACAACAACAACAACAGUCGAACACACAGCAGCUACAGACUAACGCCCAGCUAGGACAACACCCGUCCAUGUCCAAACCAGGCAGUGGUGGCACUGUACCCCACCAAGAACCCCCAUACUCCUUCACUAACACCAAACCCCUUCGCCACUUUGACCCCAACCCGGACCACCAAGGAGGACAUCAGCAGAAGAUGGGGGGAGGGGGACCCCCUGAACAGGGACCCCCCAACCCCAUGGCAGGUUAUCGGGGAAUGCAGCAUGGGGGUGCUGCCGGAACAGCAGCAUCUGUAGCAGCGAACCACGCCCAUUUACUACAGCAGAGGAUGCAGCAGAUGGCAGCGAUGCAACAGGCCACAGCAGGAGCCUUGGGAGGGCCACAGCACUGUAGAGAGGAGCAGAUCCCAGGUCUUCAGGACCCGUCUGUCCCCCGUUCAACCCAGACCAACUACAACAACCUGCUGCUCAUCAGGAGGCACCUACAACAGGAGCAGAAGAGGCAGAUGGAACAGAUGACUGAGUGUCAGCAGGGGGCAACAUUCACAGGUGGUGGUCGGCCUCUCCCUCCAGAUUGUGUUGGAGGCGGGGGUUACCCCCUGGGUGUUCCCCAGCUAUCCCACGGUGGUCCCCUCCCAUCUGGGCCCGGCCACCUCUCCCUUCCCCCUGGACAUCCAGGCCACCCAGGCCAACCCGGACCCCCAGGAUCUCUCACCCAAGUGGGCAGGCCGGGAGGCGCCUUCAUGGGUGGUCCUCCAGGCUCCAAGCAGCCCCUCUAUCUCCCUUCACAGGGUGGAGAGUUUGUUGGUGCUGGUGGUAUGCCAAUGAGACAACCACAGUUGGCACACGGCAUGAUGGGAAUGGGCGGUCCUGCUGGUCCUCCAAGGCCUGGGAUGCAGCAACAGGUGUCCAGGAUGGGGAUGACAAUCGGGGGGUUGGGGCCCGGGUCAGGGCCUGGUUCGGGGUCUGGUCACCCACAGCAUCUACGACAGGCCCUGCACCAUAGUGGUGGAGGGGCACCACUCCCACGUAUGAUGUUUACCGCUCAGCAAACACACCAACACCAACAGACUGCAAUGUGGCCUCCUCAGCAGCAGGGGGGGCUAGUGAAUUCCAUGCAGCAUCGCAUGCCCUGCAGCGAUGGCCACAUGGACCCGUCGGCUAAUCACCAGCAGUCGCACGGACACAUAUUUCCUGGAGGGGGUGGAGGCUCCAACGGAAGCUGCAACCCGAACCCCAACGCCCAGUUUACCCAGCAGGCAUUGCGAUCGGGGAUGCCCGGAGGCGGGGGUGGUAACAAUUUUGCCCCCCACCAAGGACCUCCAUCAUUACCCUCCAACCAAGGGGUCGGGGUGCCGUCCUUACCCAGGAGACUGAUGCAGAAGCUGGGUGUAUCAACGACAGGGCAGCCCCUACCCUCCAUGGUCCACCAAGGGCUUCAGCCUGGUAUGAGGCCCAGGGGACCCCUCUCGGCCCUGGCUGGAAUGAAACCCAUUCCCCCUGGUAUGAUCCACCACCCAGGCCACGGUAUGGCCCCACCUAGCUAUCCUGCCUCUGGGGCCGUCGUCACCAAACACCCACACCAACAUCCCCAUCCCCAUGGGCCUGGGUAUGGACCAGGUCAGGGGAACCCUGGACACAAGCUACCCCCGUAUGAGUACACUCAGCGGGGGCAGAGUAAUGGGGGGAUGGGGGGUAGACCUGGUGGUGGUGGAGGAGGGGAGGUAGACUUUAUUGAUACUCUGGUGGGGUCGAACGAGGACUGGCUCAAUAACCUCACUAUGAUAGACGAGUACCUGGAGCAGAACUCAUAGGCGUGUGGUCAAAGGGUAAAUGUCAGGGGUCAGUAAAUUGACCUCAUUCCUGUAUAGAAACACUGGGGUUAGGAGUGUGACAUGGACAGGGGAUAUAAAGGGCGUAUGAAGGCUUUAUAACUGGUAAUAACAGGUGUGUGUACAUUUCUAGAAGGUUGUAGAAAGUGCCAUGGUUAUACCUAACUUGAAUGGACGGUUUGAGUGAAUGUGAUUGGUUGUUUCAGAGUGAUCGGAGCACUACACAGCCAAUCCGCUGCUGCCGCAUAAACCAACCUCCCACCCCAAAAUGGCUACAUUCCCCGCAAGGUGUGCUGUCCCUUAUCGCUGGAGGCCAUAUUGGAAAGAGGGAAUGGACUAAAAACGGAACUCACGGAACACAUGGAACACACAGAACCUCAUCAUCACAUGGUUACCUGGGAAACAGAAGCUUCACUCUAAAGAGCUAGCAACAGAGUAGUGGAGUCCAUUGGACUAAUAAAGUUAUUUGAAAUCCUAUCCUGAAAUCCUAACACACUGUGAUUGGAUAAAAUCAAUGUCCUCCAGCAAUGCAAUUGGUCCAAUGUUUUUCAGUGUAUUGUUGUGAUCUGUUUCUAAAAUAGCAGUUGAAUUUGCAACACCAAAUCUGAGGUUUACUUUUGUAUCAAAGUCAUUGAGUGUGAGCUCAAAAACACAACAAUUGCAGAUUAACCAUUCGGAUUAUCUCCUGGUCUCACAUAAGGUCUUUGAGCCAAUCAAAGGUGAAUUAAUAUACAGAGAAAUACAGCCAAUCCCUGAUCAAUUUGGGGUCAUAUAAAUCACUGAUUGGCCAAAGGAACUACAGAGGUGAUCAGCCAAUGUUGCCAUGGCAAUUUGUUAUCACUAUUUUGAUUGAGAUCAGUUAUGUGGGGGCUUGUAAAUAGUAAACUAUUUUGAUUGGGAUCAGGUGUGUGGGGGCUUGUAAAUAGUAAACUAUUUUGAUUGGGAUCAGGUGUGUGGGGGCUUGUAAAUAGUAAACUAUUUUGAUUGGGAUCAGGUGUGUGGGGGCUUGUAAAUAGUAAACUAUUUUGAUUGGGAUCAGGUGUGUGGGGGCUUGUAAAUAGUAAACUAUUUUGAUUGGGAUCAGGUGUGUGGGGGCUUGUAAAUAGUAAACUAUUUUGAUUGGGAUCAGGUGUGUGGGGGCUUGUAAAUAGUAAACUAUUUUGGUAAACUGUAUCAUACACAAAAGAGAAGUACACAUAUUUAUACUUCUUUUCUGCAGAUUAAAAGUCUUCAGAUUCCCUUUGUAUAUAAAUAAUAAAAUAAAAAGAUUGAAAUUAUAGCUCACAAAAUGAAAUCUGUUUUACACUAGAAGAAUCUUAUUUUAAUUUGUUUUAAAUAUGCAAGACAAUACAGUUGAGUUUUUUCUCAGUAAUACUGUGUAUUACAAUGUUAUGACAUAAUUGUUAUGUUUUUGACAUAACGCGACUCCUGGUGCCCCAAUGGCAAAAGGGUUCUUUUGAAAGGUGAUGGAGAACAUUUACGAACACACACACACCAUCUCUCACUCUGGCACUACCCCGCACUCCAUACCUGUGAGGUGAAAGUUGAUCAUCUUGGUCCAUCUACUGUAGUGUAAUAUCUUUGUUCACAGACAAUAUAUCUGUCGAUUUAGACAUUAUCAACAUUUCAUUGCAAUCCAAGACUACAAUAUAAUCUGUUAGAUCUGUAUGACCUUUUCACAAGGUAAGCAACGUGUAAAGUGGAAGGCACUAUCAUAGAAUUAGAAUGAGUAGAACAGGCACACCCAUUCAACUCAAUUGUGCUAUUGGGUUCCAAUUCCUUUUGUUUCGUUCUAUUUCUAAUGGCACUUUGCUAUGUAUGUCAUUCCAAUACCCACAACAAUCUACUGUGCCGCACUCUAUAAGGACACAUGUAAAUAGUCUAUAGAGUUGGCUCCUCUCCUUGUCUCCUUUCCUUCAUUCACACUGAUCUGAACAAAAUUACCGGUCGGGUGAAAGCUGGUUUGCUAGUAGGAUUCCGCCAUAUUGCUUUCACCUAUCCUAUUCCUAUCCAUUCACAUUGGUGCUGAUGACAGAGAGGAGACUAGGAGAGUAAGCUUGUUAUGACUAUUAGGAGGCACCCCCAGCAGGGUUUCCCCUACCGUAGGACCACACGGCGAUUUAUAAGCCAUGACAAGGGGUUCAUCGAUUAUCUGUGAUUACAUUUCUGUUCUUGUCUUGAGUUUUUUUAUUUUAUAUAUAUAAUAAACUGUAUAGAUGGGAAAAAAUAAUGAAAAUAAAUGCCGUCUGGCUUUUUUAUUUCA